CUCUAGUACUCUGAUACUUCCGGGUGUUGUAUAUCUGCAGUGGAGGGUGCGGUAGGAUUAGUUAGAUCGGAGCUAAAGAAAGUGAGCGCGCCGAGAUGUCCCGCGGCUCCAGUGCCGGCUUCGAUCGGCACAUUACCAUCUUCUCUCCAGAGGGUCGCCUGUACCAAGUAGAAUAUGCUUUUAAAGCUAUUAACCAGGGUGGCCUUACAUCAGUAGCUGUCCGAGGGAAAGACUGUGCAGUAAUUGUUACACAGAAGAAAGUACCGGAUAAGUUAUUGGAUUCAAGCACAGUGACUCAUUUAUUCAGAAUAACUGAAAACAUUGGCUGUGUGAUGACAGGAAUGACAGCUGACAGCAGGUCCCAGGUGCAAAGAGCUCGCUAUGAGGCUGCAAAUUGGAAAUACAAGUAUGGCUAUGAGAUUCCUGUGGAUAUGUUGUGUAAAAGGAUUGCAGAUAUUUCUCAGGUCUACACACAGAAUGCUGAAAUGAGGCCCCUUGGCUGUUGUAUGAUAUUGAUUGGUGUGGAUGAAGAACAAGGCCCUCAAGUAUACAAAUGCGAUCCUGCAGGCUACUACUGUGGAUUUAAGGCCACUGCAGCUGGAGUCAAACAAACUGAAUCAACCAGUUUUCUUGAAAAGAAAGUGAAGAAAAAAUUUGACUGGACAUUUGAACAGACAGUAGAGACAGCAAUAACAUGCCUGUCUACUGUUCUAUCCAUUGAUUUCAAACCUUCAGAGUUGGAAGUUGGAGUCGUUACAGUUGAAAACCCUAAAUUCAGGAUUCUCACAGAAUCGGAGAUUGAUACACACCUUGUAGCUCUAGCUGAGAGGGAUUAACACUGUAAUUAGUCUCCCUAAUCAACUAUGUGCUGACCAGGAUAUUUGGUAAAAACCAACACAUUCAUCAAUGGCUCUGGAUUGAAAGAAGAACCAUAUUCCCAGUGAAGUGGACUUGGCUCUGUAUAAAUAAAACAGAGGUUUUAGAAAA